UCAACUCAAGAAUUUGCAGCCUGGUGCAGCUAAUGACAGGCUUUUUCUGAACAAAGAGAAUGUGGGGGAGAGAAGUCAAGCUGCAACAGACCUAUGCAUGUUAUCUCCUGCAAUUGGCCUAAAAGAGAACCAAUAUUGCAUUCCAAAGCAGCAGCAGAACCCAUAUGGUGAAUCCUCCCGAUCUGAAUUUGGACUCGUUUGUUCCGACUCCUUGCUUAACCCUCUGCAUAAAAACUCCUCCCACAUCAGCUGCAGAAACUAUGGUUCCUCCCAAGACCUCAAUGAUCGUGAAAACGGCUCACAACAUUCAGUAGUUCGUCAAUUCAUGGACGACUGGCCUAAAAACCACACUGAUCAUCAUCAUCGCUCUGCCGUUUCAUGGCCCAAUGUCGAUCUACAGGCAGACAGGACCCAACUAUCAAUUUCAAUACCUGUGGCUGCCUCCUCUGAUCCCUCUAAUGAAAAACUUGCUCUCUCACCGCUGAGAUUGUCCCGAGAGCUUGAGAUGGGUUUGGGAGUGGGCAGUGUAGUGAGUGAACCAAACCAAAGGCAAGUGAAUUGGAUACCUAUAUCGUGGGAAAGUUCACUGGGUGGACCUCUUGGAGAGGUAUUGCAUAGCACUAACAACAGCAGUGGAGGUGAUUGUAAGAGCUCAUCGGCUCUUAACCUUAUGACCGGGGGCUGGGACACCAACCCUAGCGCCCAGUUAGCAUCAUCUCCUACAGGAGUCCUGCAGAAGAUGACAUUUCGGUCACUUUCUAACAGCAGUGCUGGGAGUAGUCCGAGAGCAGAUAACCACAAAACCCAUGAAGGGAAUUCAUCCUUGUUGCCAGCAUCAUAAUCAUUUGACCUCCAACUAGGAAGAUGAUAAUGGAAGGAGGAAGAGUUAUUUUAUUUUAUUUUAUGUAGCUUUAGAGAGAGUGAGAGAAUUUGUUUAGUUCUGUAAUGUGUUUAAUUUAUGGAUAAUGGAUUUUCUUAGUGGUAAAACAUGAUUUUGUAAAACUCUUCAAUUGCUAUUUUAGGUAAUCAAUUAAUGUUGUAUUGUUGUG